AUGACACUCCAAUGGGCAGCAGUUGCAAAUUUUCCUUAUGCUGAAAUAGGACUCAUUUUAAUCUUCUGUCUACCUUUUAUUCCUCCUCAGAGAUGGCAGAAGAUAUUUUCCUUUAGCGUUUGGGGUAAAAUUGCAAGUUUCUGGAACAAGGCUUUUCUUACUAUUAUAAUCCUAUUGAUUGUUCUUUUUCUAGAUGCUGUGAGAGAAGUAAGAAAAUAUUCCUCGACUCAUACUAUUGAAAAGAGCUCAGCCAACAGACCUGCUGCCUAUGAACAUACACAAAUGAAACUCUUCAGGUCUCAAAGAAAUCUUUACAUUUCUGGAUUUUCAUUAUUUUUCUGGCUAGUGUUGAGACAUCUGGUUACCCUUAUUACUCAGCUGGCAAAAGAGUUGUCAAACAAAGGAGUACUUAAACGUCAAGUAGAAAAUAUUAACCAGGCUGCCAAAAAAUUCAUGGAAGAAAAUGAAAGACUGAAACGGCUCUUGAAAAACUAUGGCAAGGAAGAAGAACACGUUUUGGAAGCAGAAAAUAAAAAACUAGAAGACAAAGAAAAACUGAAAACUGAAUUAAAGAAGGCUUCAGAUGCCCUUUCUAAGGCACAAAAUGACGUGAUGAUAAUGAAGAUGCAAUCAGAGAGACUUUCAAAAGAGUAUGACCGGCUCCUGAGAGAACGCUCAGGACUUCAGGAUCGUGCAGGGAAAGACAAGAAAUGCCUGUUAACUUUAUGAAAGAAGAUUGUGAAUAUACCAUGUCAAGAAGAGAAAUUUGUUAUCAUGUUAGCCUCUAGAAAAUUUAAAAUUCAGUUCAGAAAAACAUACUAUGACCAGCCAUUAUUUUUUUUAAUGCCACAC